AUGAGCCAGUACUACGAGCCCCAGAACCAGCCAGCUGAGCCAGGCCUCAUCGAUAGUAAAUCAUCACACUGGCCAGUCGAAGACUUUCUGGAGUCAGUUGACAUCGGGAUCAACAUGGACGAUAACCUCGUAUGGAAGCUCAGCGAUUUCAGUUCGAGAGUUGUGCCGCCUGUUGUCAUUGAUCCUCGCAUCAUCGUUGUUGACGGUCCCAUCGGCGCAGGCAAGUCCACCUUCUGCAAGCAUCUCAAGAAGUACCUGAUCGACCAAGGCUUCGAAGCUACCAUCAUCGAGGAGGCCGUGGCAGACAACCACUUUGGACAGAACGGAGGCAUCACCCUCGAGGAGUACUACAAGAACCCCAGGGAGCUUGCUUUCCAGUUCCAGGAGCAGGUGGUCCAUGCACUGGGGAAGCAGCUUCUUCAUUGCCGUUUUGCCGAAGAGUAUCAGCAGUACGACUUCAUCAUCUUCGACCGCUGGCUGCCGUCUACUAGCGCGUUCAUCCUCUUCAAGAUGAGUGACGGCUACAUCACGAAGGAGCAAGGCCAGUACCUCCACUACCUGAUCGACCACUACAUGCUCCGCGCAGGCAUCCUUCCGGCCUUCCAUGUGCGCUUCGCUAUCGACCCGGCUGUCUGUGAGGACCACAUCAAGGACAGGGCCUCGGAUGAUCCUCAUCGUCUGUGCGAGGUCGAUGCGCUUGACACGAUCAGGCAGACGAACGAGUUCCUCCUCGAGCAUAAGGGCAUUUACAACCCAGUUGUCGCGAUAGAGCCGGGUCAUGUGGGAACCAUAUGGAGCGGUGGCCAGUACUGUUUGAUAAAGGCAGCUGCUGUUACGCGUCAGUUUGCGAUCACAGACGCCUGGUUCGAUAUUGAUGAGUAUCAUGAUCGUCGUUACAGCUUUACCAUUGGGGACAAGCAGAUAUCGUCUGAGGCUUUCUUCGAUCGUCUCUCUGCGUGGGCAAGGAAGAAGAAGUUCUUCAAUGCUGAGCCUCUAACCUUUGGGAGGUUCAAGGAGAUUAUGGAGCGCUAA